AUGUUCGACGUGGACUGGCUCAGUCUCGCCGUCCCAAUUUCCUAUCUAGGCAUUCUCUUGGGAUCCCUUGCCACAUUUUCCUCGCUUUACCGCAAGCGCAAAGCCCACAAGGCAGCAUCUCUGGAGCCAUGGUUCUCUGCUCACAUUCAACGCGACAUCUACUUUUCCCUCCUCCACCUCGAACCUUCAGAAACCUCACCAAAAGAGAAGAAAGCCCCCGCCAUCCCCGACUCAGUCUUGAAGGCUUCUCUUCUACGUCGCGCAGCUGAAGACAUCCGUCGCAUUAUGGCGCUGCGUAGCCAGAAACAGGCUCUCGCAACGCUUCUCCAGCGUGGUAGUGUCGGUGAUGAUCUCUGGCAGCGAUUCCAGCGCGCGGAGAAAGAGAUGGAGGACGAGGUCAAGGAUGUGGUUUCCGAGGCAAACGCCUAUGCUCCUGGUUGGGGCCAGAUUAUCUUCCAGUCCGCCAACGAAAUGAUGAAUAACGAUAUCUACCGCAAGCGUAUGGAGGACCAACAAGGGAAACUGGAAGAAGAACGUCAGUGGUGGAGCAAGAAGAAGUCUAGUAUCCAGGAGGGAUUCAUGAAGGAGUUGGAGGAAAGCUCCCCUGCGGCGCCCUCUACCAGCGCGGCCAAACCUACUGGCGCAACGACCCCUGCCCGUUCUGUCCAGGGGAGCGAUGAUGAUGCUGUUCUUGUGGAGGCGGAAGCCUCGUCAAGCACUCCUGUUCCUCCGCCAAGCACAAAGAAGAAGAGCAAGAGCAAGGGCAAGAAAUGA